CUACGGCGGCGUAUUUACACCGGCGCCCCCUACCACCGCGGCCACUCAUGCGCCGCGCGACCUGCCGAACACACGUGCACCCCACCACUGACCGGCGCGGUGACCCUCGGGACAUAACACAACCAGCAUUCCACCGCCGAGCGACAACCGUGACACUACACCCCCAGUAUGUGCAGUGACUGAUCAUCUGUGACUAAAAUUGAACUAGAGUGAAGUGACUUUACAGCGACGUCGUGUGAUGUGCGUCUGAAGACGAAGAACAGUGUAUACAGCCGCAGCCUCAACCGUUUGACAGAAAACAUGGUGAGAGGGGCGGCGUUAGCGCUGUUGCUGGCGCUGGGAUGGGCGUGCUGCGUACAAGCCAGCGUGCUCGUGCCCACCUAUGUGCUGCCGCCUGACUCGUUUGUGCGCGAUCAGCGCAGCCUGGGCGCGCCGCCACAAGACAGCGACCAAGCAGAGUCACUCAGAACAAUAAAACGUCUAGUCGGCGGACACAUGAAAAUAAAACCAGACAAAGAAUACGGCACCGCUAAAAACUCUUUAAAUUACGACGAGAAGAGUGGAAGUGGUAAAUUCGCUGGCGUGAUCGCGCCGGACCAGUCAGGCGGCAACGUGGGAUGGAAUCAAGGAAUAUGGGAUGACGGCAUGCUCAUGUCCAGCGCCGGCGAAGGAAAAGACGCUCCCAAGACUAAGGAGGUCGAUGAAGAUAAAAAGACGCUAGCAGAUCAAGUGGCCGAAGGAAAAUAUGGUCUCAUUCAGAAUGAAAUAUUCUCCAAAGCUCCUAAGCGACCGGGAAUCGUCAGCUACGAGCCAAACGCUGAAACUAGAUCAAAAGAUAACCUCCAAAGUCUCGGUGGACUUAAGAAAGAUGAAAUUUGGCUAGCGGAAGAUCAUCUACUUGUUUUAAAAGGAGGAUCAUUCCCUGAGCGAACGAAAGAGACUGAAGGCAGACCAUGGCCACCGAUUGACAAUUACGAAGCGCCGAACAGGCAAGUAAAGCUACCGCAGAAACCCAAAGUGCCACCGCCCUUUCCGGUACGACUCUCCGACAACGGACCGCUCGUUUUCCUCACGCCAAACGGCAGUGUCCCUGCGUCCCUUUUCCCUUCCUUCUUUACGGGAGAGGGCGAAGGCCCUCUACCUCCUCCGCCAUUCCUCUUUCCAUCGGGAGCGCCCUACCCCGCGAGUGAUAAUCAGGGAAACUCUACUUCCGGGGGAGCGCCGCAGCCAGGUCCUCCGUUCCCAUUCCUACCCGGGAAUGCGAGCGAAGGAGCAUUCCCCUUCCUCCCAUCCAUGAACGGCUCUUUUCCAGAAGGCUUUCCACCGGGCGCAGUGUUUCUACCACCACCGAGCAACCAGUCAGACCUUUACGACGAAGACGACCCUUCGAUCUACUAUCCGCCGCCUUACAAUUUUUCCUACCGCGCUGACUACAACAAUAAAGUGCCUGCAGGCCCACUUGUACCAGGAAUAGUAUUGCCACCGCCGCCAGACUUCUUCGCUCCAUUGGAGGAGAACACGACGGAGGCUGUUAAAACUACCACCACCAGGCCGUCUACAGUAUACAAAAGGAUUAAAACGACCACGAGGCCGACUCCCACGCACACUGUGCAGCGUACUAAGUACAAGACGCGACCUACGACAACCACUGAGGUGCCUGUUACGACUGAAAUACCAUCAACAAUAACGACACCGCCACCAGUCGAAAUCGUUACUACUUUGAAAACUAGGAAGCCGCAACGCAUACCUACAAGGCACCCCAUUAGGGUCCAUAACUUGCCAGACGAAAAUACAACAAGGCCGAAGGCUGAGAAACCCGUUUACAAAACACGAACGAAGGUUACAUCGAAGCCUCUCUCAGUGUCUGUUAUUUACGACUAUCCAGAAACCGUGUACGACAACCAAGUUCCAACAACUACAGAGAAGCCAUACAUAGUUUACGACGUGCCGCAAAGAACUCCUCCAGUGACUGCGAACGAUAUAUCAUCGACACAAGUGCCGUUGCGAGCUCAUUAUUCAAAUACACAGAAUGACGUACCUACGACAAAACUGCAACCAGUAUAUAAUAACAGAAAACCAAAUGAAAAUGCAUUCGCGUCUUUCUAUUUCUACGACGAACAGCCGAAGACUUCGCCUUCCCCAGCCACCUUCUUUGAUGGAAGGAAUUACUACAAAACGGUGCCAGUCAACCAAACACCUUACCCGCAGCAGCAGAAUGUCAACACUCAGUCAGGGUUUAACCCAGCUGUAGACAUUUCGUACGGAGCAAUUGACCAAGCUGAUGCACUCUUCCUAUGGCCACAAAAGCAAGGACCAAGAACCCUUACUCAGGAAUACUUUAGCAUACAGAAACCAAGAGCACAGCCUGUAUACGUACAACAGCAGAAACAAAGGCCAGAUGCUUUCUACCAACAAAUUGCUGAUAUACAACAGACAAUAGAUUUCUUCACGACUAAGAGACCAAAAGCUCACUCUCAUAGGCCGCACACUCACAAACCAAAAGCUAUUACUGGCAGGCCAGUCUAUCAGUUUAGCUACCAGACUCAGCCGAGGCCUGAACAAUUACCCUUCCGGGCACCUAAAUUGGACCCUGAACCUUUUAGGCCUAUGGUGAGCUACAGUAAGCCGUUCAAUGUAGCAAAUGAUUUCAACGCUAUAACGCCGUCAGUUUCACCUGGCUAUCAUCAACAAUAUCUGGUCGAAAAUGUGCCGGUAACAACAGAGUCACCCACCUCCAGUAGAUACUAUCCUACAACUAAGACACCAGAUGAAGAUUAUGAAGACGCUACCUACUCUAAAGAUGUUCGCAAUAAGAAAAACAGAAAUCAGAUUCAAGGUGACCAGCCCGCGCCUGUUCAUCACGUAGCCAGGUAUCCCAACACUACUCCAAACCCGAUUAGCCAGGGAUACUACACGAAACAGGACGAGACAUACUUCGAUGAUAUAACAAAGAACUCUUUCGAUGUCUUCGGCAAGAAACUGGAAGACAAUACACACGAUGUGAAUGGAUUAGCAGUGACAGCUCCCCUUGACACAGUCAGGACACCAAUAGACAACGAUAUAAACCUGCAGUAUGCCUACGAGAUUGUCGAGAACCAGAGCCCUAACCCACCGUCUUUGCACAGAGACACACUGGUCAACUAUCGUCACCCUAGGCCUACAAUAAACCCUGAGAGUGAACCAGUUCCGCAAGUGAACGCCGAACUAGUAGAGCAGAAGCCACCAUCAUUAGCAGACGACACGUUAGUUAAUGAUCGCUUCCCGCGACCGACGAUAAAUCCUGACAGCGAGUUCAUCCCCAUAGCGAACCCUGGCUACAGGACACCACAGCAGUACAGAGCGCCGACACAAGUGCAGAGGCCUCAGUUCACGGGCGAGCAGUACGACCUGACGAGGCCGUUGCUCGCGGGCGACACGGCCGUCAACUACAAGCGGCCGCUGCCGCCGGUCAACCCCGACGCGGAGUGGAUCGGGCCAGUGAACACGGCGGGCGAGGGCAGGCCUGGCUCGUUCGUGUCCUACCGGCUGCCGGGAGAGGGAGCACACGUGUACUUCCUGACGCCUCAAGCCGCGCAGGCGGCGCAGGCGGCGCGGGAGAGGUACAGAUCGCCGGGCUACGGCCGGUGAAACCAAAGCUCUAGUCUGAACUGUAGCGUCGCUGCGACGCGCCGUGUAAAUAAAAGCGCAAAUGUGAUGUUAAAGUGUCCUAAGUAGUGUAAGGUACGAGACUCUAGCGGGGCGGCCCGCGUUGCCAUAAUAUUUAAACAGCGAGUUUUACGUUAGCUUUACGUGAGAGAUAAGUUCUCAACCAGCGAUGUUGUGAAACAUGGACGCUAUACUUUUGAUACGUUAUUUAUUAAAUUAUUUCUAAGAGACUGGUGCAUGCAUAAUGAUAGUUAAUUUAUUUAUGUCAGUAUUCAACGAACUAUAAGGAAUGUUGUGAUAUGUGUGAUAAUGAUUGUCGCAUUGUUAUUGAACAUAAUGAUGGCAGCAAUUGUUAACUGUAUAAAUUGUUAUUUAAUAAAAUUGAUGAGAAAUCAAUGUGAUUUUGUAUUGUACUUUUAAAACAAAGAAUUUGAAAUAAAAUAAUACAAAAUGUUAUAAUAAA